CUGAUCUUCCCAUCUGCGGCACGCGCUGCUUCAAAGAGCUCCUUCAGAAAGCGCUUCCAUUCUUUUACCACAAUUUCUGGCAUGGGCAAAGCACAAGUUUUCCACCCAGGGCAACUGAGUUAGAGAAGUACCAGGGCUUGCUGAAGGUUGCCCAGUUUGCAAAUGUCCAAGGCCACCCUGUGCGACUCUGGAGUUACCCCAAAAGUCAUCUCCUUCGGCUCCUGCAGGUGGAUGACCCCCCGGAGCCAGUGUACGCGAAUGUAGAGAGGCAACCUCGGGCCACUUCGCCGCGCUCCGCUGCAGUUCCUCCUCGGCUCAGCCCAGUGUGGGAGACGCACACCGACUCGGGCACUGGGCGCCCCUACUACUAUAACCCCGACACGGGCGUGACCACCUGGGAGUCACCCUUUGAGGCCUCUGAAGGCGCCACCAGUCCGGCCACCUCCCGAGCCUCUGUGGGCAGCGGGGAGAGCCUGGAGACAGAGUGGGGCCAGUACUGGGAUGAGGAGAGUCGCAGGGUGUUUUUCUACAACCCUUUGACGGGUGAGACUGCCUGGGAGGACGAGACUGAGGACCUGGAGGAGGAGCCCCAGGAACCGCUGGAGAUGCAACCCAGCCUGAGCCAGCGAAGCCCGGGACUUCAGAGGCCCCCGACUCCUGAAACAGACUACCCCGAAUUGCUGAGUAAUUACCCCGAAGAGGACUAUUCUCCUGUGGGCUCCUUCAGUGAUCCUGGCACCACUUCUCCCGUGGCUGCACCCCGUGGCUGGUCCUGUCACAUUACCGAAGACAAGCAGACGCUGUACACCAACCAGUUCACUCAAGAGCAGUGGGUGAGGUUGGAGGACCAGCAUGGGAAGCCAUAUUUCUGCAAUCUAGAGGACUCCUCUGUGCAGUGGGAGCUGCCCCAGGUCCCCAUCCCCGCCCCUCGGAGUGGUCGCAAAUCAAGCCAGGAUAGUGACACUCCAGCCCAGGCUAGCCCUCCAGAGGAGAAGAUCAAGACCCUGGACAAGGCCGGAGUGCUCCAUCGUACCAAGACAGUGGACAAGGGGAAGAGACUUCGGUGAGGGCCUGUCCAGACCCCAAGCGUGGCAGAGUUGAUGAUCCAGUUCCCCAAGUGCUAAGUCCCCUUUUGCCACACUCUUACUAAUCCUCGUGGUGACCAUGCAAAGUCCUGUGAGGAAACUGAGGCACAUAAGGUUCCUUGCCUGCCAGCUAUUAUGUGGUGGGAAUCCAAUUCUGUGGGGGUGA